AGAAUUGUCAUUGUAUUCUUACACCAACCAACAUACAAAAUGCCUGCUACUUCGGACAUACACACAACAGAGCCUCUUAACAACGAAGAGACAAAGAAAGACGGUAGACCGCUCGGAACCACGUCAUUCUGUCAUUUCUGUGAUGAACGCGGUUAUCUUAAUCAAUGUGAAUAUAUUCUGCAACACGGCCACAGAAAGGGAGACCGAACAGGAACGGGGGUCAUUUCUGUUUUUGGAUCACAAGCGAGAUACAGUCUACGGGAUCAGUUUCCAUUGCUGACGACAAAAAGGGUUUUCUGGAAAGGAAUUCUCGAGGAACUUCUGUGGUUUAUCAAAGGCUCAACAAACGCAAAGGAGCUCUCUGAGAAAGGUGUAAAGAUUUGGGAUGCAAAUGGGUCACGAGAUUUCCUGGACAAGAUGGGCUUCACAGAUCGGGAGGAAGGGGACCUGGGGCCUGUAUAUGGUUUCCAGUGGCGGCACUUCGGUGCUGAGUACAGCAAUAUGCACACAGAUUACACUGGAAAGGGUGUGGAUCAACUACAGAAUGUUAUUGACACAAUCAAGACCAACCCAGAAGACAGGAGAAUCAUUAUGUGUGCUUGGAACCCCAAAGACCUGCCACAUAUGGCUCUGCCACCGUGCCAUGCCUUGUGCCAGUUCUACGUCAUCGACGGGGAGCUGUCAUGCCAACUGUACCAACGCUCCGGGGACAUGGGCCUGGGUGUGCCCUUCAACAUCGCAAGCUACGCCCUCCUCACCUACAUGAUCGCCCAUAUUACAGGACUCAAGCCUGGCGACUUUGUGCAUACUCUAGGAGACGCUCACAUCUACAUCAACCACGUUGAACCUCUUAAAGUGCAGCUCCAGAGAGAGAUCCGUCCCUUCCCCAAGCUGAAGAUCCUGAGGACUGUGGAGAAAAUAGAUGACUUCCGUGCGGAGGACUUUGAGAUCGUUGACUACAAUCCUCACCCCACCAUCAAAAUGCAGAUGGCAGUUUAAAUUUCCAUAAAUUAAGAGUGGAGGUUGACAUUUUAUUUUAAUAUUCAGGUUACGUUGGUUAUUCCUUAUUCAACUGUGCAUUUUGUAGUAUAAGUAAUUUGGAGAAAGUCAAUGCUCUCUUUAGACAGGUUGGCAGGCACAUUUACACAACGAUACCAGAGUAUCAACAUGGGAUGUAAUAAAAUAGCUUAAACUGAACUUUC